AUGGACAAGCAGCCACAGGAAAUGGAAAUCAAAGAUCAACACAGCAUCACGAAGAUGCGAACCGCGGGCCGCCUGGCCCGACGCAUCCUGGACCUUGCCGGCACCCUCGCCCGGCCAGGCACGCAUCUUCCAUCUCUUUUGCUCUCUGCGAUCGAUGACGCCGUGCACACCGCCAUCACCAGCGCGGGGGCCUACCCUUCGCCGCUGGGCUAUCACGGGUUCCCCAAGUCGGUGUGCACGUCGGUGAACGAGGUCCUCCUUCAUGGCAUUCCUGACAGCCGACCGCUGGAGGACGGCGACAUUGUGAACGUCGACGUGACGGUCUAUCUCGACGGCCAUCAUGGCGACUGUUCGCGCACCUUCCUCGUCGGCGAUGUGGAUGCCGACGCGCGAAGGCUCGUCGCGGCGAACGAGAGUUGCGUGGAAGAAGUCAUCAAGAAUCUGCGACCAGGCAUGAACCUGCAAUUCAUCGGCGAGUUUGUCGAGGACUACGCCCGGCGUGAGGGCUUUGCCAUUUUCCCCGAGGCAGCGGGGCACUCCAUCGGCAGCGUGUUCCACGCCUUCCCGCCCGUCAUGCAUUUUCAUAUCCUCCCAUUGAGCUUGGAGCUCAAGCCAGGGAUGACCUUCACCAUUGAGCCGGUGUUCGUGGAGGGCGAGCCGACAUUCACCCUGUGGGCGGACCAGUGGACGCGCAGCACAGUGGACGGUGGGUGGAGCGCCCAGACCGAACACACCGUACUCAUCACCAAUCGUGGCGCCGAAAUCCUCACCUCAGCCUAA